CAGCACGAGACACAAAGCCCGACUCUCGACCUUGAGACUGCUUGUUCAGCCCCACCUCCCCUCGACGGCCUCAUUAUAUCGUACCACACUGCUUGCACGCUACCGCCAUUUAGAACCCACCCAGAGUGUCUAUCCCCAUAGCUGCUAUUUCUUCGCCCAAGCCUCCACCUGCAGGUUCGCUCUUCCUGGGCCUUGAGGGAACUUUCCCGAUUCGACCUAGAUGCACUUAUCAUCCCGCGACUGCUACUUGUACGACCUCUGGUGAUAGCAUCUCGCAACUGCUGCCUUGUAAGACCUCCCGCGACGCCGAUGCUCCACAGUCUCGCCUAAUGCCUCGGCAACGCGGCCACCCGCUUCAUAGUCGGCGCAACGCCAGAGCUCCUUUUUAGCUCGCAGUCGGCCCUUCCUGGUUCGUUUUCUCACGGGAAAAUAUACACGGUUUUACAGGCGCCUUAGAUACAGCUUACGCGACCGAUCUACGCUUGCGUCGGCCAUCUGUCGACUCUGUAACGAAUCCAGCGCCGUUUCACGCGGGCAAUCGUCUAUCGAUCAGCCAUCCAUCAACUUGACCCAUCCGCCGUGUAACGCGGGCAGCCAUGGAGAGCGGAAGAAAGCUCGCGCGGUGGGAGAUGGGGUCGCCGCUGUGCGUGCGAUCGCCGGUGUCGUCGUUCACCGCGGGGGCCUUCAGCGACGGCAAAUCAAGAUCCAAGGCCUUCACGAGCCGCGUCCUGUCCACAGCGCGCCUCGUGCUCGUCUUUAUUCUCCUCGUCUCGUUCCUCUCCACGCUCUGCGCCACCAUCGGCGUACCUAAAAUCGACCUAUCAGAGCCCGUCGUGCUGAUGCGCCGCGGCGACCGGCGGUUAAUAGUGAAAUACAAGCCCAACGGGGAGGACGCGGGGACUGGUGGGGUGUUAGAUCCGGUUGCGGACCUUUCGCAUCCGCGGCUGGCGAAGAGACGAGCGCUCAUGCGAUACUUCGCGGACCAAUAGCAGGAUAGAUGCUACACGCUACACGCGUAUCAAGAGCUGGGAAUAGAAGGAUUCUUAUCUCUUUCCGCCAGAAGCUGCACCUACAGUACAGUGGGGCUGCUGCACCUGAGGCAAAGCUUGGCAAGAGGUUUUGAGCUCUUAUGCGCUCUCGAGCUCUUGCUAGAGAUGCUACUGGUAGCAGAGAGAGAAGCGCCACUGACUAGCAACCCUUACGCGCAUCCUAUGACUAGUUGUGAUUAUAUAGCCAGCCAUACCAUGUAUAUGAGACGGGCAAUGGGCCGUAUUCACACGUACGGUAUUGCCAGCACUGAAUGGGCAGCAGAGCAGUUGAUAUAGGUGCAUGCAUUCGUUCUCAUAACAUGCAAAAGAGCUUGC